AUGGCAGAGUCGACUUCUGCUUCGACCGAUCCCUCGCUGCUGACGGUCAUCCUGGAUACAAACCCGCAUGCGUGGGCACAGCUUCAAGAGACGCUCCCGCUCUCAUCUGCCGUGGCGAACCUGCUGGUCUUCAUCAACGCUCAUCUGGCAUGCAACUACUCAAACAAGGUCGCCGUCGUGGCCAGUCACAGCCACCAGGCCGUCUGGCUCUACCCAACACCCCCAGCUGCCACUGCUCCUCCCGCCGACUCGCAAAAGAAACAACACCCCCAUCCGUCCAAUAACGAUCAGGACGGAGAUACACCCAUGACCGACUAUGGAGAACCCGCUGCCCCCCCACAGCAGCACCAGCAGCAACGGCAACCGAACAAGUACCGUCCCUUUCUCCUGGUAGAGCAGCAGUUGACCCGUAACCUUGACCGGCUUCUCACACGCACCCGAGCAGAAGAAAUAUCCCCUGCCGCUUCUACCAUGAUGGCCGGUGCCCUCACUCUUGCCCUCAGCCAUAUCAACCGCGAAACAAUCGCCUAUCUAGAUACGCAUGGAACCGCGGCCGGCUCCGACCCUGCAGCAGGCGGAGCGGGAGGCCUGCCUCCACCCCCCGGCGGCGCCCCUCCUCCAGGCGGUACUACUAGUAGUAACCGUGAUAGUAGUACCGACCAGUCGCCGGCCGGAGGUAGCCUCCAGUCACGUAUCCUUAUCGUGUCCGUCAGUAGCGCCGCAGACUCCGCGCAGCAGUAUAUCCCCAUUAUGAACAGCAUCUUUGCCUGUCAGAGGCUCCACAUACCCAUCGACAUCUGCAAGCUGGCCGGAGACGCGGUCUUCCUACAGCAGGCCUGCGACGCUACUCGUGGCAUCUACAUGUCCGUAGACUCCCCACGUGGCUUCCUGCAGUAUCUCAUGCUUGCCUUUUUGCCUGACCAGCGAGUCCGACGGAAUCUGGUGCUGCCUACCCGGGUCGACGUGGACUUUCGGGCGGCUUGCUUUUGUCACCGGAAGGUCGUGGACGUCGGGUUCGUCUGCAGUAUCUGUCUCAGCAUCUUCUGCGAACCGCCCGAGGGUGCUAAUUGCUUGACAUGCGGCACACAUCUGGCCCUCGGUGACUACGGUGCCAAACCCGUCGUCGUCUCCAAAAAGAAGAAACGCAAGAAGGCUGCCGCAAAGGCUCUCAACGGGGUCGGGAACGGCGUCUCUUCUGGCCCUGCCACCCCGAGCUCCAUGGCAACUACCCCGGCUCCCUGA